CCGCCGUGCGCCCGCCUAUCUACAAUCUUUUACCGUGCUGCCGCAGAGGUAUCGUCCUCACCAUCCCCGUAGGAAGCCGAAGUACAGCCAGAAGCGUCGUCACAACUCACAAGCACUGAUCAUGGCCGACUACGAUCAGGAGCAAGAGAUGGAGGUGGAGGCGCUGCAGGCCAUCCUCAUGGACGACAUCAAGGAGAUCGACCCAAGUGAGAGUGGGAUCGCUACCACCGCCCGGUGCUUCCAGAUCCUACUCUCUCCUCAGGAUGAUGAUUUUGACGAGUCAGCUUAUGUCCCAGUUCAACUGGCCCUGAUUUUUGCGCACACUGAGAAGUACCCUGAUGAACCUCCGGUACUGAAUGUCAAAAGUGUACGAGGGAUUAAACCACAUGAUCUUGCAUCCCUAAAGGAAAAGCUUCAGCGAGAGGCAACAGAGAAUCUUGGCAUGGCUAUGGUCUACACUCUUGUUUCAUCAGCCAAAGAGUGGCUAAGUGAGAAAUAUGGUCAGAAUGGUGGUGAUGAGGAACCUGAAGAAUCUGAAGCGGAAAAAGAGGAGGUUAUUAUACCGCAUGGUGAAGCUGUUACUGUGGAGAGCUUUCUGGCUUGGAGAGAACGCUUUGAAGCUGAGUUGGCCUUACAGCGUGCUAAACUUAUGCCAGAUUCAGCUCUUACAGCCACAAAGGAAAAGAAACUCACGGGACGGCAGUAUUUUGAAAGUGGAAGGCAUGCAGUGAAAGGAGCAAGCACAGUUGCUGAUGAAGAUGAAGAAGAGGAGGAAGACAUUGAUUUCGAUGAUGAUUUUGAAGACGACGAAGAGGACAUGCUUGAGCAUUAUUUAGCUGAACAAUCAGGGAAGUCAACAGCUUAACCUUCUUGGCCAAAGAAAGUACCUUUUCAGGCACAACUUUACCUUAGGAAGCCAAAUGUGGCUAUAUAUUGCAAGUGUAGAGCCCACUAUUUUGUGAUGCCUGUUAUCAUUUUUGUACCUGAGUGGAUGCUUUCAAGCUCUAUCAAGGGGGCUGUGGUUCUCAUUAAUAUAUAUAUGCUGAAGGAGUUAGAAGACCAA